UUCCGAUUCUGCCUGACAAAGUUAUGGUGCGACAGGCAGUCGUGGUUAACCACUCACAUCCCUGCUGCAUCUCUCUGCUGUCGGGAACUGUACAGAUGAGGGGAAACAUUCCAGAUGGAGUGGAAUACAGAACAAUUCCAAACUGUAUUCCAUGAGUGUGUUGUUUAAUGGAUUGUGCGCUCACGUGAAUGGCAAUUUUGAUUGAUGUCAAAUUAUUAACGUAUUUGUUUUCGGUAAACAACAUCCUUUUGGGGAAAACAGAAUUUGCGCAGUGUGCUACGAUGGAAUACGAUGAGGCGAAACGGGAUUGCUGGGAAUUCCAUAAGUUUGACUCGUGGUAGAUAACUUGGAUUUGGUAUCGCGCGCCUCGCUUGUAAACGUGUAUAUUUUUAGGAUCUUUGGUGUCAAAUGGAUAUUUGUGAUGAAAACCCGACGUGUCUGAUUUUGUUUUGAGGGGAAUUGAGAGACAUGGACAGUGGUCGGUUUGGAGAGACUGGCAUCAACAACGGAUACGAGGAAGAUUUCCCGCGCCUGCUCUGCGGUGGAGGACUACCAGCGGGAACGCGCGUCUUUGGAAGAACCGAACCAGCUGAAGAGAGCGCGUGCCAUGACGCUUCGGGUGUCGGGCGGUAGAAAGCUGUAAAACCUGUGGUCAGGAGUUGACUGAGACGCGGUGAUGGGCUUUGCCAUGAGGCACCGCUGGUUUAUGGUGCCACUGCUAAUGCAGGCAUGGUUCUCUGCCACCCCCUGCUUCGGUGAUCGCCCUUGCCCCCGAAGCUGCCGGUGCGAUGGCAAGAUCGUAUACUGUGAGUCCAGUGCAUUUCGUGAUGUUCCUAAGAACCUCUCUGGUGGCUGUCAGGGCCUUUCCCUGCGAUAUAACAGCUUGGCGAGCUUAAAAGCUGGCCAAUUUGUUGGUCUCAACCAGCUCAUUUGGCUUUACCUGGACCACAACUACAUUGCCAGCGUGGAUGCUCGUGCUUUCCAAGGGAUACGGAGGCUCAAAGAGCUGAUAUUGAGCUCCAACAAGAUCACGCUGCUUCAUAACACCACGUUUCACCUGGUACCCAAUUUGAGGAACCUGGAUCUCUCUUAUAACAAGCUGCAAGCUCUACAGCCAGGCCAGUUUCAGGGACUGCGCAAGCUACUCAGCUUGCACAUGCGCUCCAACUCCCUUAAGAACCUCCCGUCUCGCCUUUUUCAGGACUGCCGUAAUCUGGAGUUCCUUGACCUUGGCUACAAUCGCCUGCGCAGCAUUACCCGUAAUUCAAUGUCGGGCCUGACGAAGCUGACCGAGCUGCAUAUCGAGCAUAACCAGUUCUCCAAAAUCAACUUCUUCAACUUUCCUCGUUUCUAUAAUUUGCGUGCUCUUUACUUGCAAUGGAACCGCAUUCGGACCAUGAGCGAAGGCCUCACGUGGACUUGGACGUCGUUGCAGAAACUAGACCUUUCGGGAAACGACUUGCAGGAGAUAGAUGCAGAGGUGUACCGGGCCAUUCCAAACUUGCAGGCACUUAACCUAGAUUCAAACAAGCUUGUCAAUGUGUCGCAGGACGUUGUGGAUGCCUGGGCCUCUCUGACCACAAUUAGUUUUGCUGGAAACAUGUGGGACUGUGGAGCAGUUGUGUGUCCCCUAGUGGCCUGGUUAAAAACCUUCCGUGGAAACAAGGAAAUUAAUAUGAUAUGUGCGUCACCCAAAGAAGUUCAAGGUGAGAAGGUUAUGGACGCCGUUGACGCCAGUGGAGUUUGCAGGAUUUCCUCUGCUACACCAUCGACAGUAAUUGUUCCCUCCGUUCCGUUCGUCGCAUUUGCCCAAACUCCAGCCAGCUCUUUUGUCCCAACCCUCAAAUCUGGAGAUAGCAGAAGGGGCCAAGGCACGUCCUUGAAAGAUGCAACCUCUUCAGUACCUUCUCAGCCUGCUGUCCCACCUCCCGAGCAAGAUUUUGAGCCGGUUUCCUUCCACAAGAUAGUGGCGGGAAGCGUUGCCCUCUUCUUGUCAGUUGCCAUGAUCCUCCUGGUAAUUUAUGUCUCGUGGAAGCGUUACCCAAGCAGCGUUAAGCAGCUGCAGGAAAACUCAGCUGCAGCUCGCAAACGUCGAAAAAAGUCACGGGAGACAGAACGCACGCUCAGCACGCCAUUGCAGGAGUACUAUGUGGACUACAAGCCUAAUAACUCGGAGGGUACAGAUGUGCUGGUCAAUGGAACUGGACCGUGCACCUACACCAUCUCUGGCUCCCGAGAGUGUGAGGUGCCUCACCAGAUGAGCACGCUGACCUUCUACAGGUACGAGCAGCCCAUUGUGGACUACUGCCAGGCCCAUCAACCCCUGCGGCUAAACAUGAGCUAUGAGGGUCCCCCGCAAAGCAUGGAGGGGUUGGAGGACCUUCCCACCCGCGAAAGGAGCACCAUCCAGACUGUGGCCCUUCCGGCUGUGCCCGCCAUCAAAACGGGUCCUCCGGGGCCCUGUUCCCCACCCAGCCAGAGAGCUCCUGGUGAGGGGCCCUGCAUCCCUUACCCCACCACAGAACGCUCCAUUAACUAUCCAACUACAGAACGUUCCACCAGCACUCUCACUUUUAGACGCUAAAAGCCCCUUGUGCGAAGCAAAGCAUGAUGGGUAACUCAAAAGAGGCUGUGCCUGGGUGGUGAUCCAUAUUUCACCGGUAAAACCGCAGCGGAGCGUCUCAAACUUUGCGUAAUGCUGUGGCAUCUUCUCUGCAAACUGUUUCUCACAAACAUAGAGAUGUGACGAACAUGCCCACAAUGUUGCCGGAGGUUGGAGGAUCUGGCGUACGUUACACUUCUAUUAUGGAGUGUAGUGUAUCCUGGAAAAUUGGAUUCCAUGUCUUUGCCCAUCUUUUCAUUGUUCCCAAUCAAAGGCCUGUGUGUUUUUUGCUUGCCCCGUCCUGCUCAAUGGCAAAUUGAAAUCCAAUGCAACGUGCAUGAGACGUUAAACUUGGCUUUGGUUGCAUUCAGCCCCUGCUCUAUACCGCCGCUACGGGACCACCGCCUCUGUGGAGUAGAUAAUGGUGAUCCUCCCGUGCGGAGUGAGAAAUUAAAAGGAAUCUGCAAUAAACACGUUUUUUUGACAUGGAGUAGAGAUAGAAAGAGAGAGAGAGAGAGAAUAUGAAAAGAAACAAAUUAAUGUUCGCAAGAGCUCUAAGGCCUCUCACUGAUAUUUUCAUUUAGUUGCCAGGGAGCGUCCAUUAAUGCAUCUUAUUAUUUGAUUAGGAAGACAGAUCUGUCCAGACAUGAGCAUGGAAGAUCUUCAGUAGAAAAAAGCAUUCAUUUAAAUCUAAAUGAAGAUUGACACGGCAAGGUCGUUCAGUGUGCACAUGUACCAAAGAUCAGGCUUCUUUAGAUGUACAUAUAGCUUGUGUUUCUUUUCAGAAUAUAAUCAAACGAAUACAUCGGUAUGCGUCUACCGCUUACUGUAACGUGAUGUUUUUCACCUGAUUUAAGUUCUGCUCCAUUCAGUCCAGUUAGUAUUGAAAACUAGAGCUGAAGAAUACAAAGAAACUUUGCAUUUGUAAGCUACCUGUUUUCCUAUUGGUGUACACGUGCGUUUGCUUUCUUAGGUGUGGGUAUAGGCUAAAUCCUAAACCUUUAUUUGGAAGUCAUGUCGGAGUCACCAUACUCCAACCAGAAAUAUAUUUGACGCAAGUAAUCAAACACGAUCCCGCUCUGAAUGUGCAUUUCUGUGGUCGUAAUAAAAUAAGGGGCAAAUGACUGUGCCGUUAAAUCAGAUGCGAUGUUACUGUACGUUCACACGCCGCCAGAGACAGUGUCAAAAAAACACUCUGGCUGCCCUGCCAACGACGAUAUAGAAAAAGUGUAGUUGACGUUCUGAUGCGCAAAUGCAUUCUCUGGAAUUCUCUCAAGCGGAUGUUUCCGCCUUCCAAUUGGUUGCCGCCGAACCGCAUCAUAGCUCAUUACAAUAAAGUUUGAAAUUUCAACUCUCCUCGACGCUCAACGCGCCAUCAGCUCUCAUUGAAAAUGAAUGACUUCCGACGACUUUGUCGCCGGUGUGAACGCACAGUAAGUCAGGUAGCUAGCUUUGAACAAGACAGUUGAGAAGUGUGAACUAAAUCUUUAAAUUGUUAAUUCCGCUGUAGAAAAAUAAAUACUUCGCUAAUGUUCGCUAUAGCACCCCUUGUGGCUACGCUUAGAAUGCAUUCUGACAUUUCGAAACGCAACAGUGCGUAAAAACUCAUUUAUGUGAGUUCGUGUAUUUGCAAAUAAUAUGUUUCAGACCAAAAUGCUCCUUAAACCCAACCUCAAAUGGCUUCCUAAUUAUCUCUAGAAAAUGAUUUAACGGUCACAAGACUUGAACCUCUAAUAAGGCCCUCCAGAUUUAUAUUACCGAGUAUUUGCUAGUUUCCAUCAGCUGAGUUCAUAUAGAGGUGGUCAGUAACCUCAGGUCAUUUAAUCCUAGAGAUUUUUGUAUCCAGAUGUCACUUAACAAGUAAGCUACCUAGAUGAAAUUGCUACAAUUGGAUGAAAUAGCGAGAAGUACAAACAGGAGAGACCAGGGGCAAUUGUAACAUUUAUUUCAUAAGUCACAGACUGCUACAAAUCUUGUAUUUGGGUACAUUAAGAGCAUCAUACGUGAGAAAGAAUACUGUUUUAAUGUUGUGGAGCUGAUUAUAAUAGUAGUUUGGGGCAACUUAAAACCUAUAUGAAACAUUAAUAUAUAAAAUAUAUGAACCUCUUGCAUCUCCAAAGAGCACACAUUCACAUAAACUUAUUGCUUUAAUUUUACUAAACAGCUUUUGCCUUUAUGUAAUACUAAUUCAUUUCGCUGUCAGAAAUAAUGUUUGUUUAAAGCAAAUGUUUAAGUGGGACCAACACUAUAAUUAUUUAAAAUGCAUUAAAUCCUUACACUAAUAUACCAGCAGAUUUUGUUUUUACUGUCUUGUGUUACAAUUGCUCCUGACCUCUUAGCUUAGAGGAAACUCUACUGAGCAUGUGCAGGAAAAAAUCACUCCGGAUUAUUUAUGAUAAAUAAAGAAAUGUUACAAUUGACCCCUCUUGUAAUUCCCCACCUACUUCAAAACCAGUUUGACAGAUUCAGAUCAGUCCUUUGUUCUUUAACUAUAGUAAAAUUACUAGUUGACUCACAAUCAUUAAAUUAGACACAUCACUCGCCAUACUUCAAUUACAUUGAAACCAGCAAGAACUGUCAUGUUGGACAUUACAAGGCAUUGUCCAGCCUUGAAGAAGUCAAGUUUCCCUAACAUUGGAUCACAAAAUCUUGUUUUUCUCUGCAAACCCUGAAAAAGACUUUUGAAAGACAUAACAAAUAUGGAAAUAUUGCCUGUAAACACAGAUGUUUUUUCACCUGGCGUGCCUGUGUCUGUGGACUUAUGAAUGUGGACAUGGAACCUCACUAUUGGUCAAUGUGGAAACGUUCAUUUAAAUCUCAACCUGAGCUCAGACCAAGGCUCCAGAACAAUGGCUGGUGGUGACAUCAUCACCUCUACUUCUCAUAAGCCUGAAAAUUGCUCUGGCCACCCUCGUAAUGGUCACUGAUAAAUAAACCGGAACGCUCCGCACGCAGAGGUACAACUUGCGAGGUGGAGAGAAGAUCGCACGUACGUUUGGAAGUGUUUCCCGACAGCCGCCGACACGAUUACCUUCAUGUGUUUAUCUUGUAAAUAGAGAGCAUAAAGAAACAUACUGUUAUGCUUCUUUUGACACAAACGUUUUGUGAAACGGACAGAUGCUAAACUGUUUAACCGCGCACCUGAUCAAAGAUUACGCUUGUAGAGACUCAAUAUGACCCUUCAUGUCCAAGAUUGAUAUUUUUCUAUCUGCUAUCUCAUUUAGUUCCUCAUCUCACGGCCAUUAUAGAUUUUCUAUUCUUUGUAUCACUUCCCCAACAGUGUUUGUCAUUGAAAGGCGGAUAUGUUAAUGUUAACCCUUAUGAUUCUUCACUAGCAUUAUGUUUUCUGAAUAAUAUCAAGUCGUUCACC